AUGGGUCGCUACGGAGCCCUCGGCGCAACCUUCCAAAUCGCGCGCCUCUUCCAGGCCUGCUCGCUCAUCGCGAUCAUCGGCAUGACUGCCAAGUUCAUUUCCUCUAUUGUUUCGCAGAAUGCGACCCCGCCUAAUAUCCUGAUUGCGACAAUUACAGUGACAACCAUCGCCGUCAUCUACUGCAUAAUCUCCGCAAUCCUCUUCAUCGACGACAUCCUCCCCUUCCUGCCCAGCGCAAUCGCCGACUUCCUCGUUCUCAUCGCCCUAAUCGUCGUCGCAGUCGUCAUGGGUAAACCCCUCUCCUACCUGAAGUGCUCAACAUUGGCCGAGCUGGGCUACAAGGACGCGACAGUUUAUGCAUUCUCGUCGAAGCUGUCGAGCUACAUCGCAACGAUCAGCGGGAGGAUUGAUUACUCGUCAUGGAUCGGAGCUUCGAAGGCGAUUUGUCUUGAGACGAAGGCUAUUUGGGGGUUGAGCAUUGCUUUGUGCGCUUGCUUGUGGCGGCAGAAGAAGGCUAUUAUUGCUGCGGACAAGUAA